AUGGCCUCAGCUGAUCUGUUGAGCGCAGAGGCCGAGUGGAGGCAGCAAUUUGCUGCUAUGCAGGCGGCCCUUGCUAAUCUCAAGCUGCCUCAAAAUAGUAUCAAAGCGCCCGAUGCUGAUGCCGAUCUGGACGACGACGACUUUGGUGGCUAUUCCUCUACCACCAGCGGCCACGAUGUCUGGGACUUCAUCUCCGACGAAGACGAGGAGUACUACAGCAGCGACUUUGCGGAGGAUGGCACCGGUGCAGCCGCUGGUGGUUUUGGGGCCGAGUGGCUUGCCGCCAAAUGUGCUUCCAUUGCAGCCAAGAAUGGCAUGUCUCCGGAUGUUUUCGAGUCUCAGAUCGUGAGCGUGCUGUCAUCCGGCCAGCCCGAGGAUGAACUGCAGGCCCAUCUCACUGAUUUGGUUGGGUUCGAUGACUUGGACUUUAUCAUUGAGCUCUUGGGACACAAAGAUGAAGUUGUUGCGUCCGCCUCGGCUCACCAUGAGCAGCCGGAAACCCAAGGACGAAAACUUUUGACCAAAGCUCAGAGAGAUGAGGCUCUUCGUAUGCGAGACUACCAGCACAAAAACGCUGCCCUUGCGCCUAGCUACGCCAAAGAGCCUCAGUACCCUCACGUUUACAGGGCAUACAAUGCGGGAAACACCCUGAGCUCUUCUGGCAAAAAGUACGGCCUACCGGUUGGUAGUGAGCGUCUUCAGUUUGAGAAAUAUGAGGAAUAUUUCGUGCCAGCUGGAAAGAAAGGCGUACCAGGACCAGGAGAGAAGCUCAUCAAAAUUUCUGAUUUAGAUGGACUUUGCCGCAACACAUUCAAGGGGUACAAGACACUCAAUCGGAUGCAGAGUUUGGUCUUUCCAGUUGGAUACAAGACGAGUGAGAACAUGUUGAUUUGUGCUCCAACCGGUGCGGGUAAAACUGAUGCAGCCAUGCUCACGAUUCUUCACACCAUUGGCCAGCAUAUUCAGCCAAAUCCCAUUGAGAACCCCGAGGCGACUGAAUUCGCUGUCAACACGGAGGAUUUCAAAAUCGUCUAUGUCGCACCCAUGAAGGCUCUGGCAGCCGAAGUUACCGAGAAGCUGGGCAAGCGUCUUGCAUGGCUAGGCAUCAAGUGUCGAGAAUACACUGGUGAUAUGCAGCUCACCAAGGCUGAAAUUGUGCAAACUCAAAUCAUCGUCACCACCCCUGAAAAGUGGGAUGUUGUCACCAGAAAGGGAACUGGAGAUACGGAGCUGGUGCAAAAGGUGAGGCUCCUCAUCAUCGAUGAAGUUCACAUGCUUCAUGACGAGCGUGGAGCCGUUCUGGAAUCUCUGGUUGCUCGAACAGAGAGGCAGGUCGAAAGCACUCAGUCGCUUAUUCGAAUUAUCGGUCUGAGUGCUACCCUGCCCAAUUAUGUCGAUGUUGCCGAUUUCCUGAAAGUGAACAAGUACGCUGGUCUGUUCUAUUUUGAUGCUUCAUUCCGCCCUGUUCCACUGGAGCAGCACUUCAUCGGUGUCAAAGGAAAAGCCGGCUCCAAGACUUCCAAAGACAACUUGGAUAACGUUGCGUUUGACAAGGUCAAAGAGAUGCUGCAGCGCGAUCAUCAAGUCAUGGUAUUUGUGCAUUCCCGGAGAGACACUAUGGUAACGGCAAGGAUGCUUCAUCAAAAGGCAAUCGAGCAGUUCUGUGUCGAUCUUUUUGAUCCAUCAGGACAUCCUCAUUAUGGCCAAGCAUCACGAGAUAUAGGCCAGUCCAAGUCCAAGGAUAUUCGAGAUUUGCUCUCCAAGGGUAUCGGUGUUCACCAUGCUGGUAUGGCAAGAGCAGACAGAAAUCUCAUGGAGCGACUCUUUGCCGAUGGCGUGCUCAAAGUUCUCUGCUGUACUGCUACUCUGGCAUGGGGUGUCAACUUGCCGGCUGCCGCGGUCGUUAUUAAGGGUACUCAGGUAUACAGUGCACAGGACGGUAAAUUCAUUGAUCUCAGCAUUCUUGAUGUGCUUCAGAUCUUUGGUCGUGCCGGUCGUCCCCAGUUUGAAGACACUGGUAUCGGCAUGAUCUGUACCACUCUUGACAAGCUUCCACACUACUUAUCAGCCAUUACGGAACAGCAACCCAUCGAAUCAAAAUUCUCGACCAAGCUGGUUGACAAUCUCAAUGCCGAAAUCGCUUUGGGCACUGUCACGUCGAUUCCAGAAGCCGUCCAAUGGAUAGGAUACUCAUAUCUGUUUGUGCGUAUGCAGAGGAGCCCGAUGACUUAUGGCAUUGAGUGGGCAGAAAUACGUGAUGAUCCGAACUUGGUUCAGCGACGUCGCCAACUGGCGAUACAAGCCGCGCGAACUCUGCAGCAAUCGCAGAUGAUCAUCUUUAAUGAGAAUACCGAAGAGCUCCGCAGCAAGGAUAUUGGUCGCAUUGCUAGUCAAUACUACAUCCUUCACUCGAGCAUCCAAGUCUUCAACACAAUGAUGAAUCCUCAAGCCACCGAGGCCGACGUCUUGAAGAUGAUUAGUAUGAGUGGAGAGUUUGACAAUAUCCAGUCCAGAGACAGCGAAGCAAAGGAGCUGCUGCAGUUCAAAGACAUUGUUCCUUGCGAUGUUGACAAAGGCAUUGACACGCCUCAGGUAAAGACCAAUAUUCUGCUGCAGUCAUACAUUUCCAAGAUCCAGCCAGACGAUUUCGCUCUUACCAACGAUAUGAACUAUGUUGCUCAGCAAUCCGGUCGAAUCUGCAGAGCCUUGUUCAUGCUUGCUCUCAAUCGUAGAUGGGGCCACCAAUGUCUAGUGCUUCUGACCCUGUCCAAGUCAAUUGAGAAGAGGAUCUGGCCGUUUCAACAUCCUCUCCAUCAGUUUGAGCUCCAGAAGCCAAUCCUAAACCAACUCGACAGCAAAGAAAACUUGACAAUCGACGUCAUGAAAGAAAUGGAGCCAGCAGAGAUCGGAAGCUUGGUACACAACCAAGGUGCUGGAAAAAACAUUGCCAAGAUACUCAACAAUUUCCCAAUGGUUCACGUGGAGGCUGAGAUUGCCCCUCUGAACCGAGAUGUGUUGCGUAUCAAGUUGUAUGUUAUCCCAGACUUCCUCUGGAAAGAUCACAUCCAUGGAACGUCGGAAUCCUUCUACAUUUGGGUCGAGAACUCGGAGACUUCAGAGAUUUACCAUCAUGAAUACUUUAUUCUCAACAGGAGAAAGCUGCAUGAUGAGCACGAACUGAAUUUCACCAUCCCUCUAUCAGACCCAUUACCGACACAGAUUUACGUUCGAGCAAUCUCUGACCGAUGGCUUGGAUCUGAAACGGUAACGCCUGUUUCUUUCCAACAUCUCAUUCGUCCGGAUACGGAAAGCGUGUAUACAGACUUGCUUAACUUGCAGCCCCUUCCCAUCACGGCACUCAAGAAUCCCGGAUUGGAAGAGCUCUAUGCCAAGCGAUUCAGCUUCUUUAACCCGAUGCAAACUCAGAUCUUCCAUACUCUGUACCAUACUUCUGCAAACGUUCUUCUAGGUUCUCCCACAGGCAGUGGAAAGACUGUUGCUGCCGAGCUUGCCAUGUGGUGGGCAUUCCGAGAAAGACCCAAGUCCAAGGUGGUGUAUAUUGCGCCAAUGAAGGCCCUGGUUCGUGAACGUGUCAUAGACUGGGGGAAUCGUCUUGCCAAGCCCUUGGGACUCAAACUGGUCGAGUUGACCGGUGACAACACUCCCGACACGAGGACUAUCAAGGAUGCAGACAUCAUCAUCACGACUCCUGAGAAGUGGGAUGGUAUCUCUCGUUCUUGGCAGACCAGAGGAUAUGUUAGGCAAGUCAGCUUGGUGAUUAUCGAUGAGAUUCACCUGUUGGCCGGAGAUCGUGGUCCGAUUUUGGAGAUUAUUGUUUCUCGAAUGAACUAUAUCUCGUCCUCGACGAAGAAUAAAGUCAGGCUGCUUGGCAUGUCGACAGCUUGUGCCAAUGCCACUGACCUGGCUAACUGGCUUGGUGUAAAGGAAGGCCUCUUCAACUUUAGGCAUUCCGUCCGCCCUGUCCCUCUAGAGCUGUACAUUGAUGGGUUCCCAGAGGUUAGGGGCUUCUGCCCACUGAUGCAAUCUAUGAACCGGCCAACCUUCUUGGCAAUCAAGAACCACAGCCCUGAAAAGCCCGUCAUCGUCUUUGUUGCAUCCCGUCGACAGACUCGCCUCACUGCCAAGGAUCUAAUCAACUACUGCGGUAUGGAGGACAACCCACGACGCUUCCUUCGAAUGGACGAGGAAGAUUUGCAGCUCAACUUGUCGCGUGUAAAGGAUGAUGCUCUGAGAGAAGCCAUCAACUUUGGCAUUGGCCUCCAUCAUGCUGGUCUUGUCGAGUCUGAUCGACAGAUUGCAGAAGAGCUCUUCUUAAACAACAAGAUUCAAAUCCUGGUCGCAACCAGUACACUUGCAUGGGGUGUGAACCUGCCAGCCCACCUUGUCGUCGUCAAGGGCACUCAGUUCUACGACGCCAAGACCAGCGGCUACAAGGACAUGGAUCUUACAGACGUCUUGCAGAUGCUGGGACGAGCUGGACGACCCCAGUUUGACAACUCCGGUGUGGCUCGUAUCUUCACCCAAGACGCCAAGAAGGACUUUUACAAGCACUUUUUGCAUACUGGUUUCCCUGUGGAAUCAACCCUGCACAAAGUCUUGGACAACCAUAUCUGCGCAGAAAUCUCUGCAGAGACGAUUAUGAAUAAACAAGACGCACUCGACUAUCUGACAUGGACAUUCUUCUUUAGACGACUCCACAAGAACCCAUCCUACUACGGACUGGAGAUUUCGGCGGAAGAACACAGCACCAUCGCCGCCCAGCAGCUAGCCAACGAAUUCAUGAUUGACAUGGUCGAUAAAUCUCUCGAAGAGCUUGACGAAUCAAAGUGCGUCGAAGUCUUCCCCAACGGCGACGUCGAUCCUACUCCUCUUGGCAAGAUUAUGAGUUACUACUAUCUCUCGCACAUGACCAUUCGGUAUCUCUCGCGCAACGCCAAGGCGAAUGCCAGCUUCUUGAACGUUUUGUCGUGGAUGUGUCAUGCAACGGAAUACGACGAACUGCCCGUCCGCCACAAUGAAGAUUUGGUCAACGAGGUGCUCUCGCAGAACCUUCCUUUCCCGGGGAACUCGUUUAAUUUGCCCAUGUGGGAUCCUCAUGUCAAGUCGUUCCUCUUACUACAGGCGUUCAUGUCGCGCAUUGAGUUGCCUGUCACGGAUUACGUCGGUGAUCAGACCAGUGUGCUUGACCAGGCAAUUCGUAUCAUUCAGGCCUCUAUCGACGUCCUCACUGAGAUGGGCUUCCUCUCUAGUUGUCUGCAGAUGAUGAAGCUUCUUCAGAGCAUCAAGUGCGCCAGAUGGCCAACCGAUCCUCCCGCAUCAAUCUUACCCGGCGUAGAACCAGACUCGACAAAGAACGACACGACGCUCGCAACAAUCAGCACUUACUCGCCGGACCAGGUCACCGCAUUUGCCAAGAAACUCCAUGUUCCAUCCAACAUCCAAGCUCGCUUCAAGCGCGCCGCGUCAAUGCUCCCCAACGUCGCCGUCACCGUCACCGACAUCACCACGCUUUCACUCACCGUAAACGUCAAGCGUCUCAACCCCCUCGUCGACCGCGACGCACGCAUCUGGGCGCCAAAGUUCCACAAGCCCCAGAAUGAGGGAUGGUUCGUCAUUGUUGCGGAUGUCGCCAAAGACGAGGUCGUUGCCGUGAAACGUCUCGGCUGGGGAAGUCCCUCUGCGGGUAGUUCAGGAGCAAAGAAGCCGCUCGGCCAGGGCUCUUACCCUUCUGCACGAACGGUGCUCAAGCUUCCCCCGCCCAAGGCCAAAGAGGCACGCAAGCUGGAUAUCAUUGUCGUAAGUGAUGGAUACAUCGGCAUGGAACACAGGGUCCUCGGAGUGGAUAUUCCAGCUCCCCCAGCGGUGGACGAUGAUUUGGACAAGUCAGGGCAGACAAAGAAGGCAACGGAAGGAUCAUCAGCAUAA